UGCCGGAAAAGAAGGCCGCGGCGAAAGGCGAGGGUCCAAGAUGGCGGAGGUGGAGGAAGUGACCGAGGGGUGUCGCCUGCCCGUGCUGCGCCGUAACCAGGACAACGAGGAUGAGUGGCCGUUGGCUGAAAUCCUCAGCGUCAAGGACAUCAGCGGCCGGAAACUUUUCUACGUUCACUACAUUGACUUUAACAAGCGCCUGGACGAAUGGGUGACCCAUGACCGGCUGGACUUGAAGAAGAUCCAGUUCCCCAAAAAGGAGGCCAAGACACCCACCAAGAACGGGCUGCCCGGAUCGCGGCCCAGCUCUCCGGAACGCGACGUGAGGAAGACCUUGGAUCUGUCUCUGCAGCCAGCCGCAACUCCAUCCAGUGGUAAAACCCUGCCCAUCCCGGUGCAGAUAACCCUCCGUUUUAACCUACCUAAAGAGAGGGAGGCCGUCCCCGGCUCGCCCGACCGACCCUUCUCUUCCAGCUCCUGCGUCCAGCCAAACCAUCGCUCGACGAAGCGGAAGGUAGAGGUGGUUUCGCCGGCAACCCCCAUCCCAGCUCCAACCGAGACGACGCAGGCUUCAGUGUUUCCUCAGAACGGCUCUGCCCGCCGAGCAGUGGCCGCCCAGCCCGGCCGGAAGAGGAAGUCCAACUGCCUGGGCACGGACGAGAAUAUCCCCCCCGGUUCUUGCGAGCAGGACUCCCAGGACAGCUCGGACGGCAUCCCCUCGGCCCCCCGCAUGACGGGCAGCCUGGUUUCGGACCGCAGCCACGACGACAUCAUCACGCGCAUGAAAAACAUAGAGUGCAUUGAGCUUGGGCGGCACCGCUUGAAGCCUUGGUACUUCUCGCCCUACCCGCAGGAGCUCACCACCCUGCCCGUCCUCUACCUCUGCGAAUUCUGCCUUAAGUACGUCAAGAGCCUCAAAUGCCUCCAGCGGCACCUGACCAAGUGUGACUUGAGGCAUCCGCCAGGGAAUGAAAUCUACCGCAAGGGGACCAUCUCCUUCUUCGAGAUUGAUGGGCGGAAGAACAAGAGCUACUCACAGAACCUCUGCCUGCUGGCAAAGUGCUUCCUGGACCACAAGACACUCUACUACGACACGGACCCCUUUCUCUUCUACGUCAUGACCGAAUACGACAGCAAAGGCUUCCACAUCGUCGGCUACUUCUCUAAGGAGAAGGAGUCUACAGAGGAUUACAACGUCGCCUGCAUUCUGACCCUGCCCCCUUACCAGAGACGGGGCUAUGGAAAGUUGCUCAUUGAAUUCAGCUACGAGCUCUCCAAGGUGGAAGGGAAGACGGGCACCCCGGAAAAACCCCUGUCAGACUUGGGCCUCCUCUCCUACCGCAGCUACUGGUCCCAGACCAUCCUCGAGAUCCUCAUGAACCUGAAAUCGGAGACCGGGGAGCGUCCGCAAAUCACUAUCAAUGAGAUCAGUGAGAUCACGAGCAUCAAGAAAGAAGACGUCAUCUCCACGCUGCAAUACCUCAACCUCAUCAACUACUACAAGGGCCAGUAUAUCUUGACGCUCUCAGAGGACAUCGUGGACGGACACGAGCGGGCCAUGUUGAAGCGCAUCUUGCGCAUCGACUCCAAGUGUCUGCACUUCACCCCGAAGGACUGGAGCAAGAGGGGGAAAUGGUGAAGGUCUGUCUGCGUGAUUGGUGGGUCGGGCUGCCCUGGCCUCCCCACCUGCCUCUUGCCUACUGCGACAGUGGGGAUCAGAACGGUUUCCGCCCUCCCCACACACUCGAGAGACUUUUCCGGUCAGCCCCCCCACAACGUAGGCACCGUUGGCUGGACAGACCUCUCUGGGAAACGGAGACUCCUGCCCUCUGAACUGGCUGGCAGUUUGUAUAUAAGACUUCUACAGAUCCGUUGCGAACAGACGGACUGCUCUUCUCUGCCCUCCCAUUGCUUGGAUAUUUAUAUACUGAAACAAAACACCCAGCCACCACCAAGAAUAAAAAAUUGGGAGUGACAAGGGAGCGCCUUUCUUGCGGUGCCCUGUUGUGGGAGGAGAACCGGUCACCGCUGCCUUUUUUCAGACGACAGCUACGGGGUACGAAAUGGCUGCGGUCUCCAGGACAGCAAAGCAGGCGUACCAAGAGCUGGUGGCGACUUAACUUCCAACCCCCGUUUUCUGUCCGUGUGUUCGUGGUGGUUAAGGUAAGGCAAGGAGAACCCGCCUGCUUCUCCUACUCUGAGACGGAGGAAGAAUUCUUCUAUGGUGACACGCAACGAGGCCUUCUCUCUGCCCCUUCACAAACCACAGGAGAGAAAUCCGUGCAGGCUCUUUUUAAAAAACCACAACAACCCACCACCAUCUAAUUUCUGCGAUCAGAAUAAAUUCAUGACGUGCUUUUUAAAGAAUAAA